AUGUCAGUCUCCGAUCAAUCCACCAUAGCCAUGGAGGGACAAACCGAGAAGGAGAACCAUCAGAUCCAACCCCCAGGACCAACAGAAAGACAGAUGGGAGUUUCCGGCCCUGAAGUAGCUGGAGAGAAUCUCGAGGGAGGCCAUCCCAAGCGUGCGGAUGGCAAGAUUGAACUCACCGAAGAAGACUGUUACGACAAACUGGGCUACUGUUUUCCAGCGUGGAAGAAAUGGAUGAUCUUGGUUAUUAUCCUACUCAUCCAGACCUCGAUGAACCUCAAUGCCAGUAUCUACGCCAAUGGGGUUGACGGCCUCGCAGAGAAAUACACCAUCUCCAAGCAAAAGGCAGGGGUCGGCCAGAUGAUCUUCCUCAUAUGCUAUGCCUUUGGCUGCGAGCUGUGGGCUCCCUGGUCGGAGGAACUAGGCCGUUGGCCAACGCAGCAGCUCUCGCUGUUCCUCGUCAACAUCUGGCAAUUGCCCGCGGCCCUCGCACCUAACUUCGGGUCGAUUGUUGUCGCUCGAGCACUCGCUGGACUCUCCACAGCAGGCGGCUCGGUCACAUUGGGAGUCAUCGCGGAUCUAUACCAACCCGAAGACUCUGGGUUCCAGUAUGCGGUAGCUUUCGUCGUCCUGUCAUCCGUGGGCGGUGCUCCCGUCGGCGCAGUGAUUGGCGGCUUCGUGGGCCAGUACCUUUCUUUGCCCUGGAUCUUUUGGAUGCAACUGUGCAUCGGCGGCGCCGUGCAAAUUAUCCACUUUUUCCUCGUCCCCGAAACCCGCGCAACCAUCCUUUUGGACCGCGAGGCCAAAAGACGGCGCAAGAAUGGCGAAACAAACAUCUACGGCCCGGAUGAAUUGAAGAAACCACGAUUCCCCAUGAAAGAAUUCGCACGCAUUUGGAUGAGACCUUUCCAGAUGUUUGUCAUGGAACCGAUUGUGCUCUGCCUCAGCUUGCUCAGCGGGUUCAGUGAUGCCUUGUUGUUUACUUUUCUGGAGGCCUUCACGCCCGUGUUUAAACAAUGGGGCUUCAAGCCAUACCAGGUUGGAUUGGCUUUUAUCUCGUCACUCAUCGGAUACGUGCUUGCGUACCUGACAUACCUCCCUGUUAUUCGACAUCAUAACAAGAUCCGAGCCGAUGACCCCAAUAAGUUGUCUCCGGAAUCCCGUCUGUGGUGGCUACUUUUCUUGGCACCUCUAGAGACAAUUGGACUCUUCGGUUUCGCGUGGACGUCUCUCGGCCCUGAUUAUGGUAUCCCGUGGAUUGCCCCCUUGAUUUUUACCGUUCUAAUAGCCAUGGCGAACUAUGGAAUAUAUAAGAGCUCAAUCGACUACAUGAUUGCCGCCUAUGGGCCUUACGCCGCUUCUGCGACUGGGGGAAACGAUCUGGCAAGAGACUUUCUCGCGGGCAUCGCUGCCUUGUACAGCACACCAUUCUACGAAAAUAUCUCCAAAAAAUACACCCUGGAGUACCCCUCGACCAUCCUGGCCUGCCUGUCCGUCGUGGUCAUCAUCCCCAUCUACGUCUUCUACUGGAAGGGCGAGUGGUUCCGCGACCGCAGCAAGUUCGCCAAGGAGCUCAAUCUGGGGCGACAGGGCGCCGUCGAGAGACGUCGCAGCACAAUGUACAUGGGCAAGGGUUCCCAAGGGAUUGGAGGCGAGAAGACGCGACAUGUCGAACAAGUCUGA